AUGGGACUAUACUCAGCCUCUAGCGGCCCAAGUUGGCAAUACUCAUUCUUCCUUCGUCGAUACGUUGCUAACUUAGAAUCCACAGGCCCUACCGAGUCGAGCACCUCUGGAAAUAGCUUGUUUAGUCCUAGACUAUCUUCAAUGGAACGUGUCUCCUCUCAGUCAAGAUCAGUUACAUCAGCCCCCCCACGAUUCUCUCUUUCGACAGAUGAGCGAGAAGUCAAGCGACAAUCGGAUAGGGCACGUCGAGACUCUAGGCUUGUGGACAGAAUGCGCCGUUCCACCAGUAGCCCCUAUGUUGAUUCCUUCCCCUUGGCGACGGCACUUCCCAGCACAACAAGGUCCAUGGCUACCCCAGCCCACACAUCCGCUCCCGCACCCGCAACACUUGUGAACGACACCCCGACUUUAAUGAACAAUUGGACAUACCUACAAUCGUAUAGUCCUUCUCUCGAAGAUCGGCAACCACCUUCGGCACACCCUACCACUUACCCACGAAGCUUACAACCCAGCUACAAUAUGCCUGUGGAUUACGCACCUGUUUAUGCCGGAUCAAAUCAGUAUAGGUGCGAACUGUCAUGUGUCCUGGAGGCGCAAAUUCGCAACAUGCGGGGCGUAGGAGAGGGGUGCAAAGCCGACCAAAGCCACGAUGCUGGGAACAUGGGUGUAACGGACGAGAGUUUUCGACAUUCAGCAAUCUACUACGACACCAACGCGAGAAAUCAGGACAAGCCGCCAAAGCAUUGUGCCCUAACUGCGGAGCGGAGUUUACAAGACCCACUGCACGAAACGGACAUCUCCUUCAAAAACAGUGCAAAGGCCGACGAAACCCGUGAGGCGUGCACCUAA